UCAUUAUCUUUGUUGCUUAAAGCUCUUGUUGCCCUCCCACUCCUAGCUACCCCUUAUCUCCUCUCACUCUUCUUUCUCUCUCUCUCUAAACCACAUCAAUUCCAAGGGCAAAGGAAGAAACAAAUAACUAGACACACACACACAUCUCUUCCUCUAAAUAUAUUUUCAGUUAUGAGAAUGAGAGAAAGAAAGACCCACCACACAGAUUAAACUAUACACUCACUGAUCACACUCACUCACUCACACAAAUAAACAAACACAUACACUACAACUUUUCAUUCUCUAUCUUCUCCUUCUCCAUGCGAUCAUGGACGGAGGUGAUGAUUUCCACCACCACCACCACCGUCAGAACUUCCCAUUCCAGCUCCUGGAGAAGAAAGAAGACCAAGAACCCGCCGCCUCGUGCUCCACCUCCUCCCCAUACCCUUCCCUAGCAAUCUCUGCAGAACAACCCAGCACGUCCAAUUCAACCCGAUCCAAUAACCAGCAGCUGGUACCGGCACCGGAGGAUCCAGCUCAGGGGAAAAAACCUCCGCCGAAGCGGACCUCCACCAAGGACCGCCACACCAAGGUGGAGGGCCGCGGCAGGCGUAUCCGAAUGCCGGCCCUCUGCGCCGCUAGAGUUUUCCAACUCACCCGCGAGCUCGGCCACAAGUCCGACGGCGAGACCAUCGAGUGGCUCCUCCAGCAGGCUGAGCCCGCCGUCAUCGCCGCCACCGGAACGGGAACAAUCCCGGCGAACUUCACCUCGCUCAACAUCUCGCUCCGUAGCUCUGGCUCCUCCAUGUCGGUUCCUUCCCAGCUCAGAUCCUCGUACUUCAACCCGAACUUCUCCGUCCAGCAACGGCGGAGCAUGUUCCCCGGGAUCGGACUUUCCUCCGACAACUCCGGCGUCGGGACAACGCUGCUGAAUUUCCAAUCCGGCAACCUCGCCGCCGGGAUGCUGCAGCAGGCAAAGCAGGAGCAGCAGCUCCGCGACGGCGGCGGCGGCGCGCCGUCGUCGUCGACCAUUGACUUAUCAGAAACAACUACAGAAGAAAGCCUCGGAAGGAAGAGAAGACCAUCGGAACAUCACCAUGACCAGAUGGGAAGCUAUCUCCUCCAGUCAAGUGCAGGCGCGAUUCCGGCUAGUCAGAUUCCGGCGAACAUAUGGAUGGUGCAGGCGAAUUCCAAUAACCAAGUCAUGGGUAUCGGCGGCGGUGGUGGUGGUGGUGGCGGCGGAGGUAGUGGUAAUGACCCUGUUUGGACUUUUCCACCGAUGAACAACAGUGCUUUAUACAGAGGAACCAUGUCAAGUGGGUUACAUUUCAUGAAUUUUCCAACACCCAUGGCCUUGUUACCGGGUCAGCAACAACAACAAAUGGGUAGUGGAAACAACAACAUGAAUCAUCAUGAAGGGCAUUUGAACAUGCUUGCAGGGUUAAGUGCUUAUAAUCGUUCUGUUUCUGAGUCUCAGCAACAACAACAACCAAGUGGGUCUCAACAGUCACACCGUGGUGGAAGCCAUGAUGAACGCCAUGAUAACAGCACCAGCCACGACUCUUAGAAGAAGAAGCAUCAAUCAUGUUCAUCAUUUCAUCCACCACCACCAGCUUCAUGAUCUUCUUCUUCUUGCUUGUGUAGUAGUGGUUGUGUUUAAUUAACACACGUGAGAGGUUUGGUUGAUUGAUUGAUCUUCAAAAUUGAGUUUUAUUAUUAUUUAUUAUUCCAAAAGAUUAAUUUUUUAGUGUGAUUAAGAUUUUGGAGGAGAUGGGGUUGAUGCAAAUUGCAAGAGAAGAGAAGAAGAUUAAGAGGGUUGGUUUUUUACUUUUUAGGGUUUGGGAUUGAGAAGAUGACACUAUUUAACAUUUGGGUAUUUGCCUCUGCCUGUUAUUUUUUUCUUGUGGGGUAAAAAAGAUGUCUUCUUUGAGAGUAUUUAUUUAUCACUACACAAUAGUAUCUUAUGAUCAUCAUUGUUUGUGCAA